AUGGAUCGCCUCGAGAAUCUGCCAAAUUGGCGAGUGAACGCUUCGUUGCAUGACGAUGUGCCGGUGGCACACUCGCUGACCGGCAUGGCGACUGCCUACGACUUUUUAUACAGCGCUUUAAACGAUACGCAAAGAACUCGCUUUUUGAAGAAGAUCGCAUCUGUUACAAAAGAACUGUAUGAAAGAUCCUACGAUCGCAAGUUGUGGUGGGGAAAUUGUUACCUUCAAAAUCACGUUGCUACGAACUAUAUGGCUAUUUUAACGGGCGCUCUAGUUGUCUCCAGGCAUCAGAAAGUGGACGGUGAAACAUGGAUGUCACGCGCUCAUCUAAUGCUGAGUAGGAAUUUAGAGUUAUUAAACAAUGUAGUGGAUGGCUCGAUAGAUGAAGGUGUAGCUUAUGGAACUUACACGUCACGUUCUUUGACACAGUAUGUGUUCUUUGCGUUACGCCACUUCCGGCGCGAUUUCACGCAUAACCCUUGGUUCAGAGAGCACCUUUGGUUUAUACACUAUACUGUCCUUCCUGGGUUUAAACAGACCGUGGGUAUUGGUGAUUCAAAUCGCAACUGGUUCUACGGCCCAGAGAGUCAGUUAGUGUUUCUCGAUAGUUAUGUGCUUAAGAAUGGAUUGGGAAACUGGUUAGCUCGACAAAUCACAGUACAUCGAGACACGAAACCACCCUUUGCUCAAGCAAAGUCACAUGUUAACUGCAUGCUGCACACAGAAUUUCUGUUUUACAAUGCCAGCAUUGUGCCGAGAGCUCAACCAAAUCCGUCGUUGCCACGCCUUCACGUGUUCGCUGACUGGGGAGUUGUUACUUACGGCGGUGGAGUAGCCACGUCCCGUAGAAACCGCUCGGACAACCCACUGAUAUGGCAAGGAACAUUUCUUUCCUUUAAAUGCAGCGUUCUUCAUGGAAGAGCUGUUAAUUCUAUCGUCAGAGGAAGACGCUUGCAUUCCUGGAUUAGAAGGUUGACGAAUUUUAACCCAGGCCAUGAGCAUCCCGACCAAGGAUCCUUCGUGUUCGCCCCAAAUGGAGUACCCUUUAUUACUGAUACACUAUACGCUCCUAAAUACACGUGGCUCAAUAAUGCCUUAGUAUUUGGACCCUCUUUAAACUCAGCAUGUUUUAGCCCCUUCGAGGGACAAAUAGGAGAGUGCCAUGGUUGGUUUAAUUUCAAAACAAGGUCUGCUUGGAGAGCAGAAGGGGAAAUUGUUUCUGCUUCUCACGAAGGCGACAUGGUUUUUACUAGCGGUGAAAUGAGCCAGUGGUAUCGAGCAGAGUUAGGCCUUUUGAGCAUCUAUCGUAGCCUGGUGAUGCUGACUCCAAGCGUUCUAUUAGUUGUUGAUCACAUUGAACGAAAGCGAGGAGGAGAAGCAUCGAUUAUGAGUGCCUUCUUUCACAAUGUGGACCACCCCUUUAAACUCAACACAAAUUCGUUUGCCAGCAUCUCAAUAGAUGGACUUUUGCAUCAAGUUCAUUGGUUUAAUUUUAAUCUCGGCACGAAAAGCUUAGUCGAAGCAAGAACGUACGUUACAGACUAUAAAUCCAUGAAGACAAACUAUCUUAAUGUAACCACGCCACUAGAAGCGCAUAUUACUAGAACCGCGUAUCUUUUCCUGGGACCUGGGAACAGCAUAGAACCUGCUGAAGUACUACAUUCCCAUGAACUUGGGUUGAAGCUACUAUUGACCGUCAAUAGGGUGAAAUAUCUCGUUUCUAUAGCAACACAACAUAACCAGCCCUAUUCGAGAUACAAGUUCCUGGGCUUUGGGGGAUUUUGCAAAGUACGAAUCAACAAUAGCAAGACAAUACGCUUUGGUCUGGAUGUUAUUUCCAAAUCUGAAGUGGUCGAUCUGACUGAAUCGCCCAGUGGAGUGAAAUGGCCAAUAUGGAGUAUUUUUCCAACACUUUGUCUUAUAUUCGGCGUUUCAAGCACCUUUUGCCUUUUCUAUUAUCAGCUUCGACGCAAACUGAUUGGACGGAAUAUCCGUAAAACAGUCUUUUUGGGUCUUUUGGCGAUUUGGAUAAUUCUUACCUUCGUGAUCAACAUUGAUUUGUCUUUGACUGGGCCAAUACGAAUGAAAUUUACGAAAGACAACGAAAAUUUCGAACCCGAAGAAACCCCUCCACUUGUUUUUUACACUUCUCUUCCCAUGGCCGGAAGCGAAAUUCUGCAUUACCUGUUUAAGAAUACUUCAGACUUCUUUUACGCAGGCCUCCGCGAAUCCACGCACAAAUUUCUAAAUCCUUGUGGGACAUAUUCUCUCUUCCUGCCAUCUAAUGAUACAGCUUAUCUGAGAAAGUGGCUUAGAGCUUUGUCUAAAGAUCCGAAAGGGUUCCUGCCAAACUUACGUAAAAUAUCCCGUAAGCUAUUACCCUCGGUUCGACUUGGAAACCCUGGAUGGAGCUUGAAACUUGGGUGGUUAAGAAAAGUCGUAGGACAAAGAAUGCGCGCUAUUGUUGUAGUGAGAGACCCUAGGGGUUGGGUGAACUUCUGGUUUCGUGAAAUGCGCGCGGAUAGCACACUUGGUGUUGAAGUUCAUAAAGCCAUUGAUGUGAUCAGAAAACUGAAGUGCCACAAUAAAUACUUGUCUUCCUUUGCACCGGAAUUUAAAGAACUUAGAGACGCUACGCUUGAAUACGGAAACGAAACUAAUGGAGACAUUAUUUCGCUUUUGGCUCAUCUUUGGAAGACGCAAAUGCAAGCCACGUACAGGGCAAAUUUUCACCUUCCUCAGGAAUCCAUUCACUAUGUACACUUCGAAGAUCUGAUUAACAAGCCUCGGAAAACUGCUCAGAGACUGUUUCAAUUUAUAGGUGUUCCUCUUUCACCCAGAGCUGAACAUCGUAUUCUCACCGCAGUAAAAACGUCACAGUUCUCUUUAGGCGCCUCAAGAGAGGUGCUUGGAACCAAAGCUGCGACGGCCUGGGAACGUGAGCUUACUGACAAAGAAGCUGAGCAAAUCAAAGAAAUCUGUGAUGAUGUGAUGAUCAGAUUUCGCUAUGCUUUCGAUUGA